CAGCAAAGUCCGUCAGGAGAAGUUCUGCCUCCAAUAUGAAGGUUGGUGGACCAGCAGAGCUGACCCACGAUGGACGCUGAGACGCAGCGGCGUUCCGCUGAAUGUCUGGGAUCAGGACUCAAGUCCAAGUCAAGACCAAGUCCCGCAGGAAAAUAAAGCAUCAUCUACAUACAGUUUUCUCAUGCAGGUAGAGUCAUGGCAACCAAGCUCCUGGACCGUCUGAAGCGAUCACUUUUUAAAGAUGGCCAGGGGGUGGAGCCAGAGCAGGAAACAGAAGGCGGGCACAGAGAGGAAAGGUUUAGUGAAGACCAAUGGGAAGCAGAGCUUGAAGAGGAAGAGGAGUGCGUAACGGACCGCCUCGGAGGGACACUGUGCUUUGACAGCGGAUAUGGAGCACCUGAUGAUGGAGCUGAGGGGGAGGGGUCGGGGCUGGACAGCGACUCGGACUUCCUGGGCGAGUCGAUGGAGGAGGGCCCCACGAGCACAGAUGCCAGUCCCGUGGGUGUCUCCCCAGUGGGCCCCUCGCCCCCCUCCUUCCUGGCUGCGCACCUCCAGGAGGGCUGGAGCUGGAGGAGCUUGCGUGGACUUGGUUCAAGAAGUGCUAUUUCGUCUGUGACACGACAGACUGACACUGUGUUGUUCGAGGUGACGGAUGCCAGUGUGAUACACGAUGGAACCUCCAAAUAUGUGCUGUACACUAUCCAUGUGAUCCAGUCUGGUGGCAGCGAUAAGACUCCAGCCGUCAUCACCCGACGCUACUCUGACUUCCAGCGCCUGCAUGCCACUCUGCGGCGUAACUAUGGAGACCAGAUGGAGCGCGUCUGUUUUCCCCGAAAAAAGUUGCGGAGAAACUUUGCAGCAGAGACCAUUGCUGUACGCAGCCGGGCCUUUGAACAGUACCUGUCCCAUUUGUGUUCCAUAUCUGCCCUGCGAGGGGCGCUGUGUGUGCGGCAGUUCUUCUACCUGAACGAUCUUCAGGCUGGACAGCUCCUCAUCAGGUCGGCAUGUUUCCAGGAGGCCUUAGGUCCACUCCUCAACGCCAAAAGACUGCAACACAAACUGGGCUGGACGAGUUACCAUGACAACCAGGCCCAGGCUCCUCUCCCCUCCUCCUCCUCCUCCUCCUCCUCCUCCUCCUCCUCUUCCCACUGGUUCUUCACCUUAGUGGGGCUUUUGUGCUGCUUCCAAGAGGUGGGCCAGUUGGAGGAGGCUCGGGACCACUGUGACCACGCCCUGCGGGUUCUGACCCCCACCAGCUCCAACGCAGAAGACAAGCCCCUCCCACCGCACCAAGCUUGCAACAGCCUCCUCCCCCUGCUGCUUCCACUGUUGCGGGUGGUGGUCCGACUGUCAUGGCAGACAGGAAAGGAUAAGCGGCAGUGGGAGGAGCUUCUGCAGCACCUGGAAGAGCAGCAGGCGGGACUGGACAAUCAUCCCACCAUUCAAGAGUUUUUGAUCCAACACAACCUGCAGGAGAGCGAAGGGGACGGCUAAAGCCACGCUGGGGUGUGAGCCGAGAUUUUCAGAGUAAAGGUCAAAUGUUUUUAGGGAUAAGAUUGGUGCAAAACGUGACAUUAUUGGUUUGUUCUCAGGUGAAGGAUGUGACACAUCUGAUCGUUUCAGACCUCCUGAAUCCUUGACCAAAACAACUACAUUAGACAUCAACCCUCAGGCUUUCAUACCCUGUUUCACCUGUGGCAGCGUUCCAGUUUUCCUCUUGUCCUGAAGGAACGUGCACAGACUCCAGGGCUGUGCACGUUCAGCAGUCAGCAGAUUGGAGUCGUGCAGAACAGCCAACACUUCCCAUAAUGCAGUGGGUUUUCAGGAGAUUGUUGAAGAAGGGAGGGAAGUCAGUCGGUUGUUGUUGAUCCAUCAGACCUUCAGCGUUUGUCCUGCCGAAAGGUUUUCAGUUUUUUUUGUGGAGUUCUGCAAAAGUUGUGUGUUGGAAGAGACAGUUUCUGCAGGUCCCUGAAAACAUCUAACUAAUGAACUCACAUUUCAGUGGCACUUGAACUCUAUCCCUUUGUUUUGUAAGCAAAAGCUACUCCAUUCAUUCUACAUCUAUCAGUCCAGAGAAGAAUUGAGUUGACGGUGGUAUCACAAUCCAGAACUUGUGGCUGAGACCUGGCAGGUGGACCGGAACCUUGUUCUGCUUUUGAACCGAAAAGGAAAGAAACAUCGCAAAAAGGGACAAAAGGAAUUAAACACUCAAUAAAACCUGAUGUUCUAAGGGAAAAGUAGGAACGAAUAUAGAAACGAAGAAUGAAAAUCAUCUGAACCUUGUAAUAUUCCAGAUGACUUCAUAUACUGUUGACGUUGAUGGCAUUGUAGGCGUGUUUGGAAAGCAUGUGGUUGGACUGGCGGAAUUGGAGCAGGUGACUCCUGCUUCAAAAAGAAAACAGGAAGCAGAGCAUUUGCUGAAACUCAAAGUGAGGAUGUGGUUCGCUUUUAAUAUUCCCAUCGUGGUGUUUCCUGGGGAAAUGAGACUGUUGGUGCUGAAAUGAAGGCGUGCAAACCAACGGAAGCAGAGGCAGAUGAGAGGAUCACAGGAGAUGCUUAGCUGUCUUUGCUGGAGGGGGGGGUUGUGUCAGAGGUUACGACCGUGAUCCUCCUCCGAACUGCACUGUUGAGCAGGUGUUCUCAGCCGGAGUCUAAAAUGAGAGCUCUUCUGUGUCUAAGAGCUCUUGGAGUCAGUUUGAGCGUCUGCUGUGGCGCUCCUCUGGCAGACCUCCACCCAUCUGCAUGGACCGUGGCCACACCACACUCUCCACCUACACAGUCCGACGUGGCAUUCACUCUCACCGUCGCCAAGGUAAUCCCGGCUCAGUGAGGAUGUGGUUACUAUGGAGACGUGGUUUCAACGAUGACCUGGACUGAUGACUAGAUUUCAGACGGAAAUAGAAAUGAGCUGUAAUUGCUGCAGAGUUUCAUGGGUUGGAAGCAGAGCGGAGAAAGGAGCAGAUUACAGAGGGAAGUGAACCGUCCCUGAUGGGAAAUGCAGUCACUAACAGAAGAGUUCACCGUUACUAAUGAUGCACGUUCAAUUAUACAAGGACUACACCUUACACAAGUCACUUUUCAUCAUCUCCUCAGGCCUUUUAUAUGCAGUUGUAGACGUUUUGACUUUUUCCUGAAAUCUUGUCUUUGCAUGAAGCACUUUAUUGCUCACAGCAGUACCGUAAUCAUUUAUAGUUACCUUCUUUAUGGUGGAUGACAAACUGUUGUCAUGCAACUCCAUACCUCAAAGCAUGAUGGGAAAACUGCUCACAAUGGCAUUUAACAAAGUCAGACCACCUUUAAUGACAUUUUCUCCCCACUGUGCAGUUUUACAUGAUGAAUUCUGAAAAAUUAAGAAUUUAUUUUACUUGAAUAAAAUGAAAACCAGUACAUUUCUUAAUCAUACGAGCCAGUAUUUUACUAAAACAGAGUAUAGAAAACAUUACGAAUGUGUUAAGGGAAAAAGUUGAAGACUUUAUGCUCAAAAUGAGCUUUUGUCUCAUUUAAUUUUCAGCAUUUCUUUCAUGUUAAUCCUAAAACCACAAAAGGGAACUUCCACUGCUACGAUUCUGCAGGUAUUACAUUGUUUUUGUUAUCAAUAGAAAUGUCUGAUUGCUGGGAUAUUUUUUUAAGAGAAGCUCUUCCUCUAGUGGGAUGCAGUUGGAUGUUUAUUUCAAAGCCAACAUUUCUCAAUAAUCAGGAGCAACAGCAUUAAGAUGACAGCUUAAAAUGUGUUUGAAAUGUUGAAACCCUAAAGGGAAGUGGAAGUUUUAGCUCCACCUUCUUUGCCUGCACCCCCUCCUGCUCAUGAGUUCUCACGCUCGAUUUUUGGGGUCGUAUCACGACCGAGCCUUCUUGGUGACAAGUUCAAACCAGCUUCAGGAGGAACGGACGGAAGGCUGCUUUGCUUCUUCCGGCCUCCAGGAGGCGACAGAGAGGGCCUUUGGUCUGUGAGGUUGAAGAUCUGGUUCUGGUUUUAGCUGCUUUUCACAGCUUCUAUUGUACAGAAAAAGAAUAAACAUGCAGAUGAGUCAGGACUGCUCCCUCUCAGAUGCAUGCUUUGAUAAUCAGAGUUAUACGUGUGCAGCAUGUUUUAUGGAAUAAAUUUAUAGUUAAAUCUG